AUGAAGCUUGUGGCCGGAGCUCUUCUGGAUCCCAUAUUCGGUGUCUUGUUCAGUAGACUCGCUUCUCCCGAGGUCAUUGCUUUGUUCAGGAGCAGGAAGCUCAAUGACAAGUUGCUCAAGAGAUUGAAGAUGAAGCUGCUGUCUGCAAGAGGAGUGCUCGACGACGCCGAAGGGAAGCAGAUCAGAAAUUCUGCGGUGAAGGAGUGGCUUGAAGAGCUCAAAGAUGCUGCAUAUGAUGCCGAUGAUCUGUUGGAUGAUAUCGAGACUGAGGCGAAGUUUAGAUCGAACGAGGCUUUAGAUGGUCACCGCAAACGCCCACAACUUCUCUGGCGGAAGAAUCCAAGGCCUAUGGUAGGGAUGGUGUUAAGGAGGCCAUUGUUGAAUUGUUGUUGUCUGACAACGUGA